AGUUUGAGAGUUUUUCAAUGUAAAAAAGUUACAAUAUUUAGUAUUUAUUUCUUAAUUUUCUAGAUGACAUUUUUAUAAAUAACUCAAAAAUUCAAACUCAGCUAAAAAAUUUAAUUUCAUAUUUUUUUUAAAAUUGUUUUCCUCAUUAGCCCGUUGCAAUGGGUCAGGCCUACGUAUCGGCCCACAUCCUUGUCGGUCGGGCAAAGCAACUGCUUAUCAGUAUUCAUCCCUCUGGCUGCCGGAGCAAAGGACAAAUAUUCUGGCCGUGCAAAUAUUCCUGUGCUGAUAUCGGUGCUUUAACCACGCGUAAUUCUAAAGGUUGUGCAGAUUAACUUAUGUGAAUCAUAAUUUUUUUUAAAUAUGGAUUUAUAUGACUGAAUCGUCAUGGUCAUGUGCAGUUACCAGUACUUUUCACUUGAGCUUUUGAACCAUUCCCUUCUAGUUUUGAAUUGCAUCCCAGUCGUUUGUCAAUAUGUGUGUGUGUGUGUGUGUGUGUGUGUGAGAGAGAGAGAGAGAGAGAGAGAGAGAGAGGGUAUCUGAUUCUGAACAAAUAUUUUCUAGGACACUUGUACUGAAAAGUUUGUUAGGAUUGUCGUCUAGACGUGGUGGAAAUUUCAGAGGUAGUUUAAAAGGUAACCCAGAAAAUCGUUGUAGAAAAGACAGUGAGAGACACAUUGUAGCAGAGAAGUGUUCAAAAAGGAAAAGGUAUGAGGGCUUUGGAGGGGGCAGUGAAGUGGCUAAGACCCCUUGUUGAGACUAAGGCAUGGGACUACUGUGUGGUUUGGAAGUUGGGGGAUGAUCCUUCAAGGUUUAUUAAAUGGAUGGACUGUUGUUGUGGUGGUGGAACUGGUGACCAUGUCACUGUCAAGGAGGAAAACUGUGUGGAGAAACAUCUGCUUCCUCUAUGCAGGGAUGACUACAUUAAACAUCCCAUAAGAACUAAAGCUUGUGAAGAACUAGCCAGUUUUCCUUCUUCUAUCCCCUUGUAUUCUGGGAUUCAUGGCGAAGUAGUUAUAUCAACCCAACCAAGGUGGCUUAGUCAUGCCAAUACCUCCAAUCCAAAUAAUUCCCUGGACUCAAUUGGAACCCAAGUUCUGAUUCCAGUUGGUGGUGGGCUUAUUGAGCUCUUCAGUUCAAAGAUGGUACCUAAAGAUGACAAGAUAACAGAGUUCAUUGCAACUCAGUACAAGAUUUCUGUUGAAGAGGAAGCCAUGUCAGCACAGAGCUAUGCCAAUGAACAGCCUCACCAGCCCUUCCUUGAUGAAUGUUUAAACAAUUGGCAAGCCUCCCAUCAUUAUAUGAAUUUUAAUCCAAGGCUGCAACUUGUUCCUACAGUAUCCCCACCCAGUACCUUUCCUAGCUUAGAAGGAUCAUCAACUGGUUCUAAUCCUUCAAAAGAACACUCAUCAACAGAGCAACCGAUUGGAAAAAAUUCAGAGACUAGGAAGCCCAAUUGUGUUGUGAAUUUUGCAACAAAGCAAGAGAUUAAUUUUGUUUCAGGGUUUGCCAAUCAUCCGAUUAGGACAGAAAAUUUGAAGGCCGGGCAGAAGACUCAAAGGCAACCUUACCAGUCAAAGAAUCUGGAAACAGAGAGAAACAGGAGGAACAGAAUCAAAGAUGGUCUCUUUGCUUUACGAGCUUUAGUCCCGAAGAUUUCCAAGAUGGAUAAGGCAUCAAUUCUGGGAGACGCGAUUGAGCAUAUACAGGAAUUGCAGAAGAAUGUCGAUAAACUUGAAGGUGAGCUCAGGGAGAUGACAGAGGAUGACUGUAAUAAGAAGAAUGCUGAAGUAGUGGUCACAAAGUUAAUUGAGGCACCUGAAAGCACUCAAAUUCCUCCUGCUACUAAGAACAACCAAAGUUCAUCCAGUUUCGGUGAAAAUAAACAACUGGAGGUAUCAUCAACAGUGGAAGUAAGCCAGAUUGGUGCAAGAUAUUUCCUUCUUAAGUUGAUUAGCAAGCACAAGCGAGGAGGGUUUGCAGUGUUGAUGGAAGCUUUGAAUUCGUUGGAACUUCAAGUAAUCGAUGCCAAUGUUACAACAUGUAAUGGCAUGGCGUCGAAUAUUCUCGUGGUAGAGGCUAACAGAGCGGAAGUUCAACCAAAUCAUUUGAAGGCUUCAUUGAUCAAGCUUAGUAGUUGAGGGACUGGAUGGAUUAAGCCUACUCAUUGAGGAAACUGGAUGGGGUACUUCAACUAAAGAAUGCUACAUGACUGGCUUUACCCUCUUGUUUUUUUCUUUUGUGUGCGCGCGUGUAGUACAAGUAUCUCAGAUGACUUGUGAAGCACCUUGUUUCCUUGCCUUUCUUUAUACAAUGAAGGCAGGCAAUUACACUGGAAAGGUGAACUAAUUUAUCUUCUUGAUCCAUGAAUGUUUAUCUUUUCAUUAGUUUCCAUUCCUACUGAUACUAUACAAGAUACAACAACAUCAUCACUCUUUUAGGC